GCCGCGGGCAGGCCCGCAAAGCCACGGGUGCCGCGAUGGGGGCCGCAGCGGGAGCCGCGCUGGGAGCCGGGCGAGCUGCGGGGCUGCUGCUGGUCGUGCUGCUGACGAUGCCUGGAGCCCGAGCCAAGUGUGGGGAGAGCGAAUACCCUCACGAAGGUCUCUGCUGCGUGUUGUGUGAAGCAGGUACUUUUGUUGCUGAUCACUGCAGUGCUUCACAUUUGAGAGGAAAAUGUGACCCUUGCAAGGAGGGAAGAGGCUUUACUGCCCACGCGAAUGGCUUGGAGGAAUGCUUGUCUUGCAGACAGUGCAAAGAGGAUCAGAUAACUCUGAGACCCUGUACUCUGACACAGGAUGCUGAAUGCCAGUGCAAACAAGGGUAUUUCUGUGCUGAUGAGGGCUGUGAAAUAUGUCAGAGAAACAGUCAAAUGGAUCCAGAUGAGGAAGAACUCGCACUGAAUUCCACUGAUACUGCAGACCCAGGCUUACCCAAUCAAGGGAGUGGAGCUCUUGUUUGGGUUAUUCCGGUGCUUCUGUUUGGUUUGGGUUUGGGUUUGCUAAUUGUUGUUAAAAAACUGAAGUGUCAUAAAGUUGCCUCAACUGAUAAAGAUGCUGAGAGAGGUUGGAUCUCUGGUAGGAUGUGUUCCUGUGAUGCAACAAGUUUGGAUUCAUACAAGGUACAAGAACCAACUCAGAUAAUUGUUAAAGAUCUCUCUCAAAGUGAACUGAGGGAGACCUUUGAUGUCUUUAUAAAGGAAGUACCACCACAACAGUGGAAGCGGCUUAUGAGAACUGUUCUACAGGAAAAUGAUAUUAAUGAAAUUAUUUCUAAAUUUCCUGAUAAUAGAGAGGAACAAUCCUAUCAGAUGCUUCUGGUCUGGAGAAACAGACUGGGAAAGAAACAAUGUAUUAUUAAAUUACUGGAUGCGUUGAGGCAUAUAGAUACCAGGAGUUAUUACAACGUAUCAAACACUUUAAAAUGUAAUAACAUUGUAAGUAAAGUAGAAGCUGAAGAUUAAUUUUUUUUUAGGAACUGCAAAUAUGUUCCUGUGUACAUAUAUGUGUCUUCAGACUUCCUUUAAAUCAGGGUGUCAGAAACUGCCAGUAGAAAUGGAGUUGAUACCUUCCUCUGGCAUGCACCAACUUUGUUGUUUUCAUGUUUACAUAAUCUUCCUACCUUUGAGUUGUAAAAUAUUGAACUCUGGUGCUGGAUGCCCACGUGGGAGGCGGGAGCUCGGGCAUCCCCCGGUGUGUAGCAAUGCUGUGCUGUCCCAGCCCGGGCGGCGGGUCUGCUGCUGUUUCUGAGAGAGUACUGUGAUGCUUUAGUUUCCAAAGCGCUUUUGUUUUGUGUGGGACUGCUCAGUACCGUUAUGUUCGAAGCACAGCAAUAAAAGCACGGCUGAGACGGAAA